AACUCACGGAUUUCUCUGCACUGAAUUCUGAGUUAGCAAUGAGUCGCUAGCUCUUUCCACGGCCCUGAUGCCAGCGCUCUUGAUCAGUCUCUUACCACGCUCGACUGUGAUAUCAAUUCAGCUUCUAGAUCGUCAUUUUCUACCAUGGGGAUAGCACCGUCGUCGACGUCGUCCCCUGCUGGGGACACAUCCGCGGUGUCGCCAGCCGAAGCACAGUUUCCGCCUCAAGAGUUAGCUCGGCUAAGGAUCUCGUUUUCUCACCUGGUAGAGCAUGGUAAAGUCGGCAAAUCUACCCGCAAAACUAUUCCGGCGCAGAUCCUAGCAGAUCAAUUGAAGCUAUCUCUUCCACUGGAAUCGCUGCCAUGUCCCUUGCUCCGCUUUAUCGAGCUCCAUCACCAGCACCAGCAGCAGCAGCAGCAGCAGCAGCAGAGACAAGCAAAGUUAGAGAAACGUGGGCUUGACGAAAGCACGAAGAGCGAUCUGGUCAAUACUGCUGUUGCUGGUAGCUCGCUCGCUACCAGUGCUCCAUCUCCUUCUCAUGAUGCUGCUUGUGCUUCUGCUGCUACUGCUUCUGAUGCUGCUACUCCUUCUGCUUCUCCUCCCUCGCUUGUGGCUGUGGAGGCGCUUUCGCGUCAACUGGCUCGGGCAAUUGUUGCAGACGUGUUUGGCGUUCGUUUCCGGAAAUCAGGACGGGGAUCAGAGGCCAAGCAGAGCCAGAUCAAGAACAGGAAGGAGGAGUCAAGUGCUUGCCAUCAGGGCGAUUCAGUCAAACAGGUGGUUGAAGCUAUUGAGCAGGAUUGGGAGGAAUUCUGGAUGGGCCCGCUGGACGGUGGAAGCGACGAGAGUGACGACGAUGACGAUGACGAUGAUGAUGACGAAGGGAAGCAAGUAGAUGGAAGGGCACAAGAUGCUGCAUCCGAUGUUGGAAAGGAAAAUAAUGGCAGCAGCAGGAGCAGCAACAGCAGCAGCAAGAGCAACCUUACCAGUAGCAACAGCAGCAGUAAGAGCAACCUUACCAGUAGCAACAGCAGCAGUAAGAGCAACCUUACCAGUAGCAACAGCAGCAGUAAGAGCAACCUUACCAGUAGCAACAGCAGCAGUAAGAGCAACCUUACCAGUAGCAACAGCAGCAGUAAGAGCAACCUUACCAGUAGCAACAGCAGCAGUAAGAGCAACCUUACCAGUAGCAACAGCAGCAGCAAGAGCAACCUUACCAGUAGCAACAGCAGCAGCAAGAGCAACCUUACCAGUAGCAACAGCAGCAGCAAGAGCAACCUUACCAGUAGCAACAGCAGCUUACGGGAGUGUUGUGGCGAUAAUGGGAACAGUAGUGCGGAUAAUGAUAGCAGCAGCAUCAUCAGCAAGCACUUGAGGGUGGGUCGGAGGAGGGCAAGGGUGACUUGGGACGAGUUCAUAACCGGGCUAGCAGGAUGCUGCAAGGAAGCUUCGUCAGCAGCACGCACGAGAAGGCUGCUGCGUGUCAUGUCUCUAAUCCGUGUGGCUCUCGUUCCGCCACGCACCUUCUUCCCUUCGUUACAGUCACAGAGCCCCAAUCUGGGUCAGUAUGAUGCAUGCGCCCCCGUUGACGAGCCCCACUGCCCUUUCCCCAUGAUGCCGUCCAUCCCAUGCGCUCCCUCCGCCGCUCGAGACGCACUCUCCACGCCAGAAAACUCGGAGGAAGCGAUCCAGCGGCAGCAGCAGCAGAGCCAACAGCAGCGGCGGCAGCAGCAGAGGCAACAGCAGCGGCAGCAGCAACAAGAGGUGGAGGAAGGGGAGAAGAAGGAGGAGAAUCACGGGCAGCAGCUGCACACAUGGCAUGUGUGGCUUCUGUUCCUUGCGUGCUGGGAGAUGGAGCAGCAGGCAGAGAGGAUGCGCGAAAAGGAGGCUGGCAGGGCACGUAAAGGAGUUGAUGGCGCUGGUGAUGGCGCUGGUCUUGGCGCUGGUGUUGGUGAUGGUGCGAGUGCUGAUGCUGAUCCCUCCAACGUGGCAGCACCUGCCACUGAUCGCUGUAGCGUACCGGCAGAUGUACUCUGCAUGCUGCAGAGCCUUGUUCGAGGAGCUGCUUCGGCGGCUGCACCUGCCACAGAACAAGCUGCUGCCCUUCCUGUGUCCGCUGCUGCUAAUGAUAGCGGAUCAGCUAGUAACGAGUCGUUUCCUUGCGUGGAGUCUACCAAGCUGGCCCCAUGGCUGCUCUCGCAGCUCCCAGCUCUUUCCAACCGCCUCUCUGCCUUUGUGCUUCACCGCUUUGCCGCUGUCUGGGACACAGAUAAUAGCUCUCCCUCAGCUGCAGCUGAUGACUGUAACGAACCUGAUGCCACUGCUCUUCCUGUUCCUCUUCCUGCUUCUGUGUGCCCACCCGUUACAAGCACCUCUGCUUCUGUCACUAAACGCACGGAUCCCACCACUGGGAGCCCAGCAUCCAUGCCACGUGGCGUUGCCUGGGCGCUUGGCAUGGCAUGGCCGGACUCUCUCAGUGCAGCCGGGAUUUCACAGACAGGGGCGGGGGUGGGUAUGGACCGUACGGUGAGGGAAGGAGGAGGAGCGGUGAUGGAAGGGGAAGACGCAGGGGCACGAGGGGAACAGGCCACUAGGCCAGCUGGCUGCACUGGCAGGGAUGCAGGCGGCGCAGUGGGCAGUGGAGGCCACGUGGUGCAUGCUCGAAUGAUUGGAGCGGCGCACAUGGCGCAUCGUGCACACCUGCUGUACCGGGCGUCCCUGCAUGGGCGGGGCAUUCGGCGGUUCAUGGCUCAAGCUGAGGGGUACGCUGGGCCCUGGUUCCUGCUGCUCUCCCUCCACCACCCCGCUUCCUCCUCCUCCUCUUCCUCUUCACCUUCCCCCUCCCCCUUCGUUCGCUGCCACUGUGGGGGAAUCCUCUCGGAGUGCAGCCGCCUGUGUGUGUUUAAGCAGGGGCCGUGGCUGGUAGGCGUGAUGGCGUCUGCUGGCGUUGUGAACUCGGAUGCCUAUGCUGGUGACGCCAGGGGCUGUGCUCUCAUGCAGCUCUCGCCUGCCUUCUCCAUCUACAAAGCCACAGGGCAAGCUACCAACUUCAUCUGCACUCCAUCGGCAAAGCUGGGGGCAGGCAAGGCUGCGCUGGGUGGUGUUGGUACUGGUAGCUCUUCUGGCAGGGCAGCAGGGGGGGGCAAGGCGAGGGUUCUGGGGAUAGGCGUGGGGGGCAGCAGGGGGAGGGAGAGGGUGUGGGUGGAUGAUGAGUUUCGAUGGGCCACUGUGCGCCACCAUGCAGUUGACAAGACCUUCCGACCGGGCGCCUUGCAUCCUGACCAGGGUUAUGGGGAGCUGGCAGUGCGUGUAGAGGAUGUGACUGUAUGGGGUUUAGGCGGCAAGGGGGCUGAGGACAAGCGAGUGGCCUUCCAGCAACGAGAACAGCUCUUCACGGAGCAGAGGAGGAAGGUGGAUUUAGCCAAGUUUGUGGGCAAGUGGGAGGACGCCCCCGAGAGGGUGAUGCUGGAUAUGGUUACGAACCCCAACAAGCCCAGCAAGGAGGAGAGAUGAGGAGAGAUCAGGAGAGAUGAGGAGAGGUGAGGUGGCGGGGAGUGGCUUGCAGGGAGGGCUAUGCUGGAUGUGGUCACUAACCCGAACAAGCCCAGCAGGGAGAGAGAUUGCCGAGAAACCGUGCCACUGUGGGCAGCAGCUGCACUCAAUGCAUCUGCCCCUGAGGGGGUGAUGCUGGAUAUGGUCACUAACCCCGACAAGCCCAGCAAGGAGGAUAGAUGAGGAGAGAUGAGGAGAGAUGCGGAGAGAUGAGGAGGGAUGCAGAGGGAUGAGGAGAGAUGCAGAGGGAUGAGGAGAGAUGGGGAGAGGUGGGGAGAGAUGAGGUUGUAGGGAGUGGCUUACAAGGAGUAGCACAACCUUGAGAGGGUGAUGCAGGUUUAGGUAGACUCCAUUGUGAGGUGAGGACUUCUGGACUGUGAAUAGUUCAGUACACUGUUCCAAUGUAUGUACAGUAAUGUAGUGUACAUAUCUU